AUAUUUCUCCACACCUCAAAGUAUCAAUAUCUUUAGUAGUGUAACAGACGUAAAAGUAUUAGAUUAAAUUUCAUUUUAGGGAAAGAAAUGGCCUUCUCUGCUGGCCAAUCUUAUGCAAUUUCCACAGCUUUUGAUCCCUUGAAGCAAAGCUUCGGGGCUACCAAGCCUCAAACUGCACCAUUCUUCCCCAAGAAAAUUGGCUCAAGAAAAUCUUACCAGAAAGCCAAUGUGAUGUCCAAGAAACAGCUGUACAUCUAUGCAGUGAGCGGUUUCGGCCGCAUUAUUGAGCCCAAAGAUUCGAAAACUCGGGACCCUUUAAGCCAAUGCAACGCAUACGAAGCUAGCCGUCCCCAGUCCAUACCAAUCGGCAUUGAGCUUGAUCGAGAAGCUCAGGCCGAGACUGCCCAGAAAAUGAAGAUUGGAGUCUACUUUGCAACCUGGUGGGCUCUGAAUGUGGUGUUCAAUAUCUACAACAAGAAGGUAUUGAAUGCCUUCCCGUUCCCUUGGCUCACCUCCACUCUUUCUCUGGCUGCUGGCUCUCUCAUGAUGCUUGUCUCUUGGGCUACCAGAGUUGCAGAGACACCAAAAACUGACCUUCAUUUCUGGAAGGCCUUGUUUCCGGUUGCGGUGGCACACACAAUAGGGCAUGUGGCAGCAACAGUGAGCAUGUCAAAGGUUGCGGUUUCCUUCACUCACAUAAUCAAGAGUGGAGAGCCGGCUUUGAGUGUUUUGGUCUCAAGUUUUUUUCUUGGUGAAACUUUCCCAUUGCCAGUUUACUUAUCACUUCUCCCAAUCAUUGGUGGGUGUUCACUGGCUGCGGUCACUGAGCUCAAUUUCAAUUUAACUGGGUUUAUGGGGGCAAUGGUAUCAAACGUGGCAUUUGUGUUCAGAAACAUAUUCUCAAAGCAAGGGAUGAAGGGGAGGUCUGUUGGAGGGAUGAAUUACUAUGCCUGUCUUUCCAUGCUGUCUCUUUUGAUUCUCACCCCCUUUGCAAUUGCUGUGGAGGGCCCACAGGUGUGGGCCCUCGGAUGGCAAAGGGCCGUCUCUCAAAUCGGACCUAACUUUGUAUGGUGGGUGGUGGCUCAAAGUGUGUUCUAUCACCUCUACAACCAGGUGUCAUACAUGUCUCUAAAUGAGAUAUCCCCACUGACAUUCAGCAUUGGCAACACCAUGAAGAGAAUAUCAGUUAUAGUAUCCUCCAUCAUCAUCUUCCACACCCCUAUUCAACCUGUCAAUGCCCUUGGGGCUGCCAUUGCCAUUUUGGGAACUUUCCUCUACUCACAGGCAAAGCAGUGACAGAUCGAUGAGGCAAUAUAAUUCAAAGGUUUUGCAGAUUUGUGAAAAAGGGGAGCUGAUAAAGAAUUUAGCUGGACAAAUUAAGUGGUUGAAGACUAUAUGACAGAAAUUUCAUCCUCACCGGAUGAAUGAGACCAUGGCUAAAUGCCAAAAUGGUGCUACUUCCUAGUUGCAGAAACUCCAUUCUCCCACUUGCUUAACUUUUGAACUUGUAUAAUUAAUAUAAAUAUAUAGGUCUAUUUGUUAACAUAGUUA